CAGAGGAGUUAAUGAAAGAUGACGUUUCUAAAUGAUAAAAUUAUUUCAUUCUUGCGUUGGAGGAAUUCCAGCCCGGUAGAGGAAGUGGUGAAAUUCCUUCUUGACAAGCCUGAGUUUUGUGCUCUUUUUUAUUUUUCAAUGCAAAGCAGUAUAAAACAUGUAAAAGAAGAAGGGAAAAAAAACCCUUUUGGAUAAACCAACUUUUUGGACCUUUGUUGAUGUCACACUGUAAGGAGAUGAACAUGAGGCGAAUGGCCCACACUGCUUUGCAUGGUUUCCAAACGAGGAAGUGUUAAACAGUUCGUAAGUGUAAUUAUACCAGUGCUUUUUUUCCCCCUCUGGGUAGAGCCUUCAUCUUGACAAAGGAAGAGAUGUGUGACUCAGGCUGUGGUUUCCAUGUGAGAAGCAUACAUCUGACCACACCCGGUCUAUCCCUGGGACGGGCAAUGUUCUGCCUCCCCAGUCCGGCCCUCUCUGUACAGGCUUUAAAAAAAAAAAAAGGCCACUUUGUGCUUGCUUGUUCUCUGUCUCUUUUUUCAAAAUGAACUUUUAUCUUCCUGGCUUUUUGGCAGGACUCCAUGUCUUUGAGCCGGACAGUGCGGAGAUGGGUGCAUUCUGGGUGCCAGUGUUGCGUAAUAACCCUUCUGAUGAAAGUCUGAUGAAUUUUUAUCUUUUUUUUUUUUUUUUCAAGCUAUUUAUUUUUAUUUUUUUUUAAAUCUUUGAUAAAAACGGCGAGCUGCUAAACUUGAGGUCGGAGGGCACCUGGAAGCUGAAUGGACAGUGAACAGCUCUGCUUGUGUCUGCUUGCUGGGCCUCUGCCUGCUCCCAUGCAGUCUAUUCCCCCCACACAACACCUCUUGGCAUUGGCUUCGGAAACAACACCCUUCCCCCCCCCCCCCCCCCCCCCCCUUAUGUCCUACACACAUACACACACACUUUUUAUUUUUUUUUUACUGUUUAUAAUGUUUCAUUUCUGACUGGAAACUGUGCAACUGCUUUUUAAUCCUGAUAAAUGCAAUGGAUGUGCUGACUGACGGUUGAUGAACUCUUUCUGUAUUUAAGACAGGGUCUUGGGUGAACUCGGAAGAAAUCUGUUAUUUGAAAAUGGAUGCUAAUAAUAAUAUUCCUGUUGUCAUUUUUAAAGCACAAUAAUUGUUUGCCCCAGUGUGUUGUGUAUAUAUAUGUGCGUGUGUGCAUAUGUAUAUCUAUAACCACAUGUGCACAUAUGUGUGUCAAUGUGUUUGUAUACACACACAUACAUACAUGUCAUACAUACAUACAUAUUACACGUAUGUAUGUGUAUAUGCAUUAUAAACACUAUGAGAAAUGUGCAUAAGGGGGGUGCUCUUUGUUCCUCUCCCCCUUCCCUCGUUCUCUUGAUCGAUCUCUUUCUUCUCAAAGAGAAUCUUAAGUAAAAGAAUUGGAGUUCACCGUUCUGUUCAUUGUUAUCUCAGCCUGAUUUUUAUUUAUGACAUCUGUCUGGGAACUGUCAGCUACGUGCAGUUUGUAUGAUAACGACCCAGCAAAACGAUGUGCGAUGGGUUUUAUUUCAAGUUAUUUGUGUAUCAUAUUCAUCUUUUUUAUUAUUAUUAAUAAUAUUAUUAAUGUUAUUAAAGAUAAUUGGUGUACCCUGA